AUGCUUGAAAGAGCUGCUUUGCUGCAUAGACUGAGACUUCCUGCGCAUAGCCUGCCAUUCAUCUAUAAUGGCGCUUUGUUUGGGGGGGCAAAACGGUCCUUCAGUGCCACAAGUAAACGAUGCACUUAUGAAGAGGAGAAAGCCGUCCUCGACGAACUCAAGCCCCAACUAACGGCAGAUGACCUAAAACACUCCAAAUUGCUGCGUAAUAUCGGUGUUUCAGCGCACAUUGACUCCGGAAAGACGACUUUUACCGAACGUGUGCUGUACUACACUGGGAGAAUCAAGGCCAUCCACGAGGUGCGCGGCCGCGACAGUGUUGGGGCAAAGAUGGACCACAUGGAUUUGGAGAGAGAAAAGGGUAUUACGAUCCAGUCUGCAGCUACGUACUGCUCGUGGGACAAGGACCAGGAGUCGUACCAUUUCAACCUCAUUGACACGCCCGGGCACAUCGACUUCACCAUCGAGGUUGAGCGUGCGCUACGGGUAUUGGACGGUGCAGUUCUAGUUGUUUGUGCUGUGUCAGGUGUUCAGUCUCAGACGGUUACCGUCGACCGGCAGAUGCGAAGAUACAAUGUUCCUCGUGUUACGUUCAUCAACAAGAUGGACCGUAUGGGCGCAGAUCCCUUCAAGGCAAUCCAGCAGAUCAACACCAAGCUUCGGAUCCCUGCUGCUGCCGUGCAUGUUCCAAUUGGCUCCGAAUCGGAUCUAUGCGGUGUGGUGGAUAUAAUCAACAGGGUAGCUAUCUACAAUGAAGGUGAAAAUGGUGAAGUUCUUCGUAAGGGUCCAGUCCCAGAGGAACUGCAGGAUCUCGUUGAAGAGAAACGCUUGCUUUUAGUUGAAACAUUGGCGGAUGUUGACGAUGAGAUGGCAGAGAUCUUCCUGGAUGAACAAGAGCCUACCGUGCAACAGAUUAAGGAUGCCAUCCGCAGGGCGACUAUUGCCAGAAAAUUUACACCUGUUCUCAUGGGAUCUGCGUUGGCUAACACCGGUAUUCAAAAUGUGCUUGAUGCGAUCGUUGAUUACCUUCCAGAGCCAUCUGAAGUUUUGAACACCGCCCUAGAUGUCUCGAACAACGAGACAAAGGUUAACCUGAUCCCUUCAUCUCACCAUCCGUUUGUUGGUUUGGCAUUCAAGCUAGAAGAAGGUAACUACGGGCAGCUAACGUACAUUCGCGUUUACCAGGGUAAGCUAAAGAAGGGUGGUUACAUCACCAACGUUAGGACUGGUAAGAAGGUUAAGGUUUCUAGACUUGUGAGAAUGCACUCGAACGAAAUGGAAGACGUAAACGAGAUUGGCGCAGGCGAAAUCUGUGCAACCUUUGGAAUCGACUGUUCCUCGGGUGACACCUUUACCGAUGGCAAGUUGAAGUACUCCAUGUCCUCCAUGUAUGUUCCAGAUGCGGUUAUUUCUUUGUCGAUCUCUCCAAACUCUAAGGAUUCCGCAACCAACUUUUCAAAGGCUCUCAACCGGUUUCAGAAGGAAGACCCCACCUUCAGAGUUAGAUUUGACCCAGAGUCCAAGCAAACUAUUAUUUCGGGUAUGGGAGAACUGCACUUGGAAAUCUACGUCGAGAGAAUGAGACGUGAAUACAACGUUGCCUGCACGACUGGUAAGCCCCAGGUGUCCUACAGGGAAUCGAUACAGAUACCUGCUACCUUUGAUUAUACCCACAAGAAACAGUCUGGUGGUGCAGGUCAAUACGCUAGGGUCAUGGGCAACCUAACCCCUGUGGCGAACUCCAGUGAGAACACAUUUACGACUGCUGUCGUCGGUGGCCGUAUUCCUGACAAAUACCUGGCUGCUUGUGCCAAGGGUUUCGAGGAGGUCUGCGAGAAGGGUCCUUUGAUUGGACACAAGGUUUUGGGUAUAAAUAUGCUGAUCAACGAUGGUGCUAUCCAUGCUGUUGACUCUAACGAAUUGGCCUUCAAGACUGCGACAACCGCCGCAUUUGUCCAGUCCUUCAUGCAGGCCCAGCCGGUCGUACUAGAACCAAUCAUGACCGUCACUGUCACCGCGCCGAAUGAGUUCCAGGGCAAUGUUAUCACACUUCUCAACAAGUUGCAAGCCGUUAUCCAGGACACCGAAAAUGGGCACGACGAAUUCACUAUGACCUCCGAAUGCUCCUUAAAUACCAUGUUCGGCUUCGCUACUUCUUUGAGAGCGUCCACCCAGGGCAAGGGCGAAUUUUCGCUCGAAUUCAAGCAGUAUUCUCCAGCAUCGCCGCAACUACAGAAGCAGUUGAUUGAGGAGUAUCGGAAGAGCAAGAAAUGA